AUGUCCGCCAAGCUAUCUGACAAGGAAAAGAGCAUUGUCGAGAUCGGAGAAGUCGAAGAUCAAUUCGAAAGUUCGUCCAGCGUCCCAGCAUUUGCUGAACCGACUUCUGAAGAAAAGACCAAGCUUCGGAAGAUCAUUGGUUACCCUAAAUGGUACAUUUAUCUCAUCUGUUUGAUCGAGUUCGCUGAAAGAGCCUCCUACUAUAGUACUAGUGGCGUGUUAUCAAACUUCAUUCAACAACCACUUCCCGCUGGCGGUAAUGGUGCUGGUGCUCCACCUAGAAACUCCGAACUGACUGCAGGUGCUCUUGGAAUGGGCCUUCAAGUUUCGACGGCUCUCAAUCUCUUGCUUACUUUCCUCGCUUACUGCUUUCCUUUAGUAACUGGUUACAUCGCUGACCGUUACUGGAGCAGAAUGAAGAUGUUGUGGAUCGGUGUUUGGAUUGGUGUCGUCUCACACAUUUUAUUUAUCAUCGGGGCAAUUCCCUCCGUGCUCAAGAACAGCGGUCCCGCUUUGGCUCCUUGUUUGAUUGGUAUCAUUACUCUGGCCAUAGCUACAUCAUUUAUCAAGCCGGUUUUGUUGCCCACUUUGUUAUCGCAGUACCCACACCAAACUGAUGUUGUCAAAACUCUGCCAACUGGUGAAAGGGUUAUUAUCGACCGUGAUGCUAGUUUGCAAAGAAUGACCAUGACUUUUUACUGGAGUAUAAACGUUGGUGGGUUCAUGGCUGUUGCGACAAGUUAUGCUGCAAGAAACAUUGGUUAUUGGUUGGCUUUCUUGAUUCCUAUGAUCCUAUACUUGAUUAUGCCAGUUGUUUUGAUAUUUUUGAAACGCCACAUCGAUGACGAGCCCCCCUCUGGAAGAUCCAUGGUUGCUGACUGCUUGAAGGUCUUGAAGGUAUGUUUCGAAGGUGGUUGGGUGCAAAGAUACAGAUCCGGAAGCUUCUGGGAGUAUGCGAAGCCAUCUAACUUGAGGACAAUGGGUAGAGACGGCUGGAGAAAGAACAAGCCUGGUUUCUAUCCAGAACAAUUAGUUCAAGAUGCUCGUGUAACCAUCAGUGCCUGUGUCAUAUUUUUGUACUACGUGAUCUACAACAUCAAUGACAACGGGAUCUCUUCGAUGUUGGUCUCUCAAAGUGCAUCCAUGACUUCAAACGGCGUCCCCAACGAUUUGAUCAGUAACUUUAACCCAUUGUGCAUUAUUAUUUUUAUGCCAAUCCUUGACUGGAUUGUCUAUCCUAUUUUGCGUAAGAUGAAGAUCAAUUUUAAGCCGGUCUACCGAAUCUUUGCUGGAUUUAUGGUCGCAGCUUUGUCGCAAGUAGCAGGUGCCAUCACCCAAAAAGCCGUUUACGACACUUCUCCUUGUGGAAACUUUGCAACUACUUGUGAAGAGAAGUCCCCUAUUUCGAUGUGGGUAACUGCGGUUCAAUAUGCUAUGACUGGCUUCAGUGAGUGUUUGGCCAUGACUACAGGGUAUGAAAUUGCUUUUGAAAGGUCUCCUCCCCAAAUGAAGAGUUUUGUCAUGGCCUUGUUCCUGUUUACCACUGCUCUAUCCGCGGCCUUGUCUGAAAUUAUCACACCAUCUUUGGUCGACCCACACUUAGUUAUUCCGUUCGCGGUCUUGGCUUGCCUUGGUGCUGUUUUUGCAUGUAUAUUCUUGUGGAGAUACUGGAACUUGGACAAGGUUAUGGAAGCAGAAAGACUUGAGAGGUUGGCUAUGGUUCAAAACGACGAUGCAAACUACAUUGGUAGUGUGUAUUCCCAGGGCCAUGUUGAACUCCCAAGAGCUGUCGAGUUGGAUAAGGUUCUCAGUGUCACCUCAGCAGCUACUCAUAAAGACUGA